UAUCUUCGCCAAAGCAUAGAGGGGAUGAAAGAGCACGCGUGCCCCACCAGCGCGCUACUUCCCGUGGAUCCAAAGUUAGUCGCAUGUGAGCUCGGUAGGCGUGGCCUUCAGGUAGCUGGAGACGCGCAGGUGAGAAGAGAGAAACCCGAGCAGGUAAAGCAGCCGAGCCACGGGCAGACUGCGACGCGCGUUCCACGCGAGACCGUGCGUGUACCCUCCUCGGCCAGACCGGGGUCAGUCAGGGUCCUGCUGUUAGUCAGGACGCUCCGAGAGCAUCUCCUUGAGGAUCGGCCAACGGACAGCUGUCUGGCUACCUGUGCUACUCACCUUCGCUCUCUGCGCCAGUCUGAUUUCCUGCUUCCUCGUUUUUUUUUUUUUUUUUUUUUUACUUCGUCGUUACUUGUCAAUCAGGAGGGAGCUACCCACUGCAACGUGGGACUCCCGGUGGAAUGGGAGAGUGUCGAAAUUACGUGAUUUAGAGAAAGUGUCUCCCGUCUUUUGACAAUCGGUAUCGCGAGAUAUCGAGCUGAAUUCGGCCUUGGACCAACCGCGACCUUGGCGAGCCACGUGGAAAGGAUCGUCAGAAGGAACGAUUCGUCCUGCGAAUGGGAAAACUCUGCACGCGUACUCGGAACGUACUGUCCGUGGGAUUGAUGUCGAUUGUGUAGAUCGUUUGUGCGUUCCUGGAUCUAGUGCCAAAUAAAAGGAGACUACGAUUUGCUGUUCGCCUCCAUGAACAGUCGGAAGACGUAGAGGACUAAUCGAUCAACCAACUGGACACAAUGUGCGAAGCGGUACCGCGUACUUGGUACAUGAAACCGGAACUUCACUACAGCGCCAUUGGAGUUCCGGCGGGCGCGCUGUCACCUCCGGCCACGCUUUCACCGCCCAGCAGCCCGAGUGUCACGCUGCCGCCUUCGCCUUGGAGUCCCGGCGCGGCAGGAAGUAGCUUAAGCACCACGACAUCCUCCAAUCCUUCCUCGGUCUCCUCCGCGAGCCUCGGCCAACCGACUCCGGACCGUUUCAGCGCUUUCACCCUCGUCUCAACCUGCAAUCCCGACGCCAGACUUCAGAGUCUACCGUUGACUACCACAGCUACCGCGGCACGAGAGAUGCGUUGUGGUCUGAUGUAUGGGGGUUAUGGGCCGACCGGAGCUGCGUGGUGGGCUCGACACGUGAGUCUCUUGCUUCCCCAUUCUCUGCUACCACCCUCGAGGAUUCCUAACCAGCAAACUACACCGGUUGCAAAUUGCUCACCUAUUCACCCAGAACCCCUGAACACGUCCAGAACUGGCUCGCCACGGAGAUGCACCCCUGAGAAGACGAAGUUCGAAGAAGAAGCGCCGCUAAAUCUGAGUACAAAGCCUAACGACGUUUCGUCCACCGUGGGUCGAAAGAAUGAGAUUUGGUCACCAGGAACGGUUUGCGAGAGAGAGGCGAAGGAAAUCAGGAUACCAUCGUCCGCGAGUCCAUCCUCGACUCCCGUAAUCACUCGGCAAAUCCAUCAUUCACCGCUGACGCCGCCCUCCUCUUCGGAAAGGACUUUCCAGUGUAAACAAUGCGGGAAGGCUUUCAAACGUUCAAGCACUCUUAGCACUCAUCUUUUAAUACAUUCCGACACUAGACCGUAUCCCUGUCAAUAUUGCGGCAAGAGGUUUCAUCAGAAAUCAGACAUGAAGAAGCACACUUACAUCCACACCGGUGAGAAGCCGCACAAGUGCGUGGUAUGCGGCAAGGCGUUCUCCCAGAGCAGCAAUCUGAUCACACAUAUGCGCAAGCACACGGGUUACAAGCCGUUCCAGUGUGGUCUCUGCGACAAGGCGUUCCAGAGGAAGGUCGAUCUACGACGACACCGGGAAGGACAGCAUCCAGCCGCACCGGCCCUCGAUUAUCGCUCCCUUCAGCUACCACCGCAGCCUGCCAACGUCAGACAAUCACCGUCGUCGCUACAACCUGCCGCCGGUUAUCACGUGAUACCUGUUCCUGGUAACAGUUGAGAUUCUUUCACCACCUUCCUGUCCGCGCCCGAAACUUCCCCGGAACCUCGCCCCGAUCGUUCGCCAGCACCGUGUGCCUGUCACUUGUUUCUUUUCCCUCUUUGCCCUCGCGCGUCCAACAGACGAACGGAAAGAGAGAGUUGAACAGCGAUUGCGCCGGGUUUCAAAUCGGAAUUCAUUCGUGGAGAAAACGAUGUUGAGUGAGCGGAUUGAAAAUAGUGAUAUCUAGGAGGUGUAUCUAUCACACACGUGUGUACAGAGAGUGUUGAGAAACUUAAUAGUUUGUUGGAUUGAACUUGAUUUCAAAAUGAGAUUUUUCGAAAUUCUGGAAAUCUUAUAUCGGAAAAGGAAAUAUGCAAUAGCCGAUUCGUUAACGAUAAUUCUCGUCAAUUUUUUCUGGCUCUUACGAUUAUUGUGUAUAAACUUCAUUUUGAUCUUGGGGGGGAAAAGAAAUUGAAAAUUCAUCUGAUCAUCUUUGAAUCUCUUCUCAACACCUUUAUAUAUAUAUAUAUAUAAAUAAAGUCAAAAGUCACAACAGCAUAGAAAAAGAAUGCUCUGAUGUACGACACGUAACAAUCGAAUGCAAAUCUAAGAAAAGAUUGUUGUAUAAUCGUAGAGUCGCGCCAAUUCCAAAAAAAAAAAAAAAAAAAAAAAUGAUUUGUUACGUACGAAACGCAACAAACGAAACAUAUUUGCAUUUUCUGUACGCGAAGAAGAAGAAGAUUCGAGACGUGCGUAACGAACGUGUUAGAUGUAGGCAGACCACCUGUUCCAAGUGGCUGGUUCUGUUAAUAACCGGUACUUAUAUACCUCCGAGCUGUUCAACAAUGAAAAGACGCCUUAGGGGAGGCACGCUUUUGCAUAUUUCUCGAGCUAAACUAGCGAUCCUCGACGAGUGUUACGAGAUCAAACACCCUCUUGAGGUGGAGAACCUUCAACCGUCCAUUAUUGCUGUAUUUUGGGUAUGUACAUACAUGUAUAUAUAUAUAUAUAUAUAUACAUCUUAUAUAUAUAUAUAUAUAAGACAAAAAUUUUAUGUAUAUAUAUAUAUAUAUAUAUAUAUAUACACGCAUUCAAGCAGACGUGUGUAUACAUGUGUAUUUAGAUGCGUGUGAUGUGUAAAAAUAUUGUAUAUUUAAGAAAAAUUAGAGAAAUUUGCAAAAUUUAUGAAAAGUAUUGCUUAGUCCAAAAAUUUUUAUUUCGAAAGGUUAGUAAAAUUCUUUCGAGUUUAAAGCUUGUUUUAUGCUUGUAUUGCUUGAAGCGGGGUAACAGAUAGGAAAUUGUCAAACAACUUUUGCCAGUAACAAUUUCGAAAAUCUUGAAUCUGAUUAUUCAGAUUUCACUCACUUGAUUAACUUCUUUAUUAAGAAACGAAAAUCAAUUUUCCCAUAUCUGUGCUAUUGUAACAAUUCGGAGAAUUAAAAAGACGAAAUUUUUCAAAAGAAUUGCACAAAACUUCGUGCAAAGUCCGCUUUGAAGAUAUCAUUGUCGUUUGACUCAUUCAUUUGAGUCAUUCGCACUCGUAAUGGUUGCGUGUAACAGACAUUUGGCAGCUUGUCUAAUCUUAAAAUCUCGUCGUUAUUGCAAAUUGCUCGUGUCGAUGCUCAAAUUUGUUUCAAUCGGCUGGAAACGUUCUUGAGCGUGUGUCGAAGGAAAUAAAGAAGAGAGACGUAACCUCGUUGUAUCUUGUAUUUAAUAUUGUCACACGCGUGCGUUACAUGUGCGUACACACACGUCCGCGCGUUAAUAAAUCCGUAUAUAUUAUAUCCGAGCCAGCGUUACCAGUUGUGCACGUGCAGGGUUUUCAAAUAUUUAGGUGUACGUCUAUUUACAUUUACAUUUAGAAACGAUUUUACUAAAUCGCUUAAUCGCUCGAGUGGCAACGCGAACUAUAAUUUCUUUUUACUUGGGUAUCCCGAGUCAGCGUUACCGGUUGCACGUGCAGCUAUUUUUCAAAUAGUUGAAUGUAACGUGUAGAAACGGUUUCGCUAAUCACUUAAUCGCUCGAGUGGCAACGUAAACGAUAAUUUCUUUAUAUUUAAAUAUAUCUCGAAGGUGAAGGAAUCGAUUGAUUUUGCAUUGGUCUUUGGACUCUGCGCAGAGAUUUGUGUUUGUUGUUGUUUCGUCGGUGAAUGAAAUUCCUGAAAACGACAAAUUAAAAUUGUUUUUUAUCGUAAAAUGUUUCGUCGAGAAAGUGCUGUGAGGUAUUCAAUUAAAAAAAAAAGAACUAUAUUUCGAAAGAUGAUUUUUAAUUGAAACGACGUAUAGAACAGCAUGAAAGUAAUUAGCUGUAGUGUUAAUUUGCCACUCGAGUGAUUGGAAAGCAAAAAGAGUUCUUUCGAAGUGUGUCUUUGGAUAUAACUGUACAGCAGUCGUGCCGCAAUAA